CAGCAAGACAUCAAGGCCUUCUCACUCAGAGACAUUUGAAGCUUCAACAUGAUGUUUUUCCUCUUUUUGUGUUUCCUCACUCUUUGUGCUGCGGCUCCCUUGGAGGAGAAAAACAUGAAGCUCCAGCGUGGCGGUUGUCCAGCGUUCUGGUUCAGCUUCAAUGGCCGCUGCUUUCGGUACUUCUCCACUGGCGUAAGGUGGGCUGAGGCAGAACUCCACUGUGUGUCACUGGGAGCCAACCUGGUGUCCAUCCACAGUGUGGAGGAACACAACUUUGUCAAUACACUGAUUCAGAACUUCGACCCAGCUCAGGGAUUCACCUGGAUUGGACUCACCGACCUUCAUCUGAAUUCAAGAUGGAUGUGGUCUGAUGGAUCCAGGGUCGACUUUGUCUUUUGGAGUCCUGGAGAGCCAAGCAACACUAGUGGAGAGGCAUGUGUUGUAACUAACUUCAGGACGAGUAAGAAGUGGAACGAUACAGCAUGCUCUGGUGUACGCCCAUUUGUUUGUGCAUUACGCACAGCCUACCCCUAG